AUGAAGAAUCGAUUGUGGAAGAACAUAGAAGCUGAAUUGCAUGUGCUAGUAAAUAUGGAUGAAGUUCAUGAAGUUGUUGAAGAACCUAGAGAAGAAUUUUAUGAUGUUAUGAAAGAAUAUAGAAAAGAAGAAAUUGAACUACAAGUGCAAGAAGAUAAGCCUUGUGUAGAUGAAGACAUAACCACCUUGAAUGGAUGGAAUCCAUAUUUCAUUGAUGAUGAUGAUGAUGAUGAUGUUAUUGAAGCAGAAGAAGUUUACGAUCAUCAAGAGGUUCCUACUGCUCCUGUCAUGCCUUUGAUGGAUCGGGCUAAGGUUGAAACGCAUGAAGAUGAAAGUGAAUGA